AUCUACACCGGGUUUUUUCGGGCUCUUUUUCGCAGAGGCCAAAUAUUUGAUCCAGCGGAGUGUGCACCUCGGGUAGCAGGGCAGCGCCCCGCGGCCAGGGGCUCCCUCAGCGACCUCGCUCCGUCUCGCCCGCCGGUGCCGCCCCCACGGCGCCAUGGAUCACCAACCGAAGUUCUUCGAGAACCUCUCGGGCACCGGGAAGGCCAUCGGGGUGCUGACCAGCGGCGGCGAUGCCCAAGGUAUGAAUGCUGCUGUGCGCGCAGUAGUACGCAUGGGAAUCUAUGUAAAAGCCAAAGUGUAUUUUGUUUAUGAGGGUUACCAGGGAAUGGUUGAUGGAGGUGAUAAUAUUGUAGAAGUUUCAUGGGAAAGUGUUUCAAGUAUCCUGCAAGUGGGAGGUACAGUUAUUGGUAGUGCACGCUGCAAAUCCUUUCGUACCCGGGAGGGCCGCCUGCAGGCAGCCUACAACUUGGUUCAGAGAGGAAUCACUAAUCUUUGUGUGAUUGGCGGAGAUGGUAGCUUAACUGGUGCCAAUCUGUUCCGUGAAGAAUGGAGUGGACUGCUAGAAGAACUGGCACAGAAAGGAAAGAUUGAUGAAGAGGCUGUUAAGAAAUAUGCUUACCUUAACAUUGUGGGAAUGGUUGGAUCCAUAGACAAUGACUUCUGUGGCACUGAUAUGACCAUAGGUACUGACUCAGCCUUGCACAGAAUCAUUGAAGUUGUGGAUGCCAUCAUGACCACUGCUCAAAGCCAUCAGAGGACAUUUGUUUUGGAGGUUAUGGGGAGACACUGUGGGUAUCUAGCUCUUGUUAGUGCCUUAGCCUGUGGUGCAGAUUGGGUCUUUAUUCCUGAAUACCCACCAGAAGAAGGAUGGGAAGAUUCAAUGUGUGUUAAGCUUUCAGAGAAUCGUGCACGAAAGAAAAGGCUGAAUAUUAUUAUUGUAGCUGAAGGAGCUAUUGAUUGCCACAACAAACCUAUAACGUCAGAGAAGGUUAAGGAUCUUGUGGUUCAGCGGCUCGGUUUUGACACUCGAGUAACUAUCUUGGGUCAUGUGCAAAGAGGUGGAACCCCUUCAGCUUUUGACAGAAUUUUGGCAAGUCGUAUGGGUGUGGAAGCUGUGCUUGCCCUUUUAGAAGCUACUCCAGCUACCCCUGCCUGUGUCGUGUCCCUGUCUGGUAACCAGGCUGUCCGUCUGCCUUUGAUGGAGUGUGUGCAGAUGACUCAAGAAGUCCAGAAAGCCAUGGAUGAGGGAAGAUUUGUUGAGGCUGUGAGGCUUCGUGGAAGGAGCUUUGAAAACAACCUUAACACCUACAAAUUACUGUCGCACAAAAAACCAGAUGCUGAGCUUCCAAAGACUAAUUUUAAUGUGGCAGUCUUAAAUGUUGGUGCCCCUGCAGCUGGAAUGAAUGCUGCAGUGAGGGCUGCAGUGAGAGUUGGCAUAACUGAAGGCCAUAAAAUGUUUGCUGUCAUUGAUGGAUUUGAAGGUUUUGCUAGAGGGAAGAUAAAGGAAAUCAGCUGGGGAGAUGUUGGAGGCUGGACUGGUCAAGGAGGAUCAAUUCUUGGUACAAAACGUACCCUUCCUGCAAAAUAUUUGGAGAAGAUUGCUGACCAGAUGCGCACUAACAGCAUUAACGCCCUUAUGGUUAUUGGUGGAUUUGAGGCAUACCUCGGACUUCUGGAAUUGUCAGCUGCCCGAGAGAAAUAUGAUGAAUUCUGUGUUCCAAUGGUUAUGGUUCCUGCAACUGUAUCCAACAAUGUACCGGGUUCAGAUUUCAGCAUUGGUGCAGAUACUGCUCUGAACACUAUAACUGAUACGUGCGAUCAUUGUGGUUAUCUGGCUAAUAUGGGGGCCCUUGCGGCAGGAGCUGAUGCUGCUUAUAUCUUUGAAGAACAGUUUGAUAUUCGAGAGCUCCAGGCUAAUGUGGAACACUUGACUGAAAAAAUGAAAACCAGUAUCCAGCGUGGUCUGGUGCUGAGAAAUGAGAACUGCAAUGAGAACUACACAACUGACUUCAUUUAUCAGCUGUAUUCUGAAGAAGGAAAAGGAGUGUUUGACUGUCGAAAAAAUGUAUUGGGCCACAUGCAGCAGGGUGGUGCACCUUCACCAUUUGAUAGAAACUUCGGGACAAAAAUUUCUGCAAAAGCUAUGCAGUGGAUCUCCAAAAAACUGAAAGAAACCUACCGAAAAGAAGAAGGAAAAGUAUUUGCCAAUACUGAUGAUUCAGUUUGUUUGCUGGGAAUGCGUAGACGGAACCUUGUUUUCCAACCUGUGGCUGAGCUUAAGAAUGAAACGGACUUUGUACACAGGAUUCCCAAGGAGCAGUGGUGGCUGAAGCUGCGGCCACUGAUGAAAAUCCUGGCCAAGUACAAGACCAGUUACGAUGUUUCAGAUUCAGGCCAGCUGGAGCAUGUUGCUAGGCACAGCCCAAAGGAAGCAGAAACCGGAGCCAUCUAAAGACAUCACUUUUAGAAUAAUCUAAUAGAUGCACAUUGUGAGUAACAAUGCUUUAGAAUCGUUACAGCUUUGUUUUGUAACAUUUAAAUUAUUGUACCAGCACUUUAUGUGAAACAAGAUGUUCAGAUGUCACACAGAUUUUGUCCUGUAUUUGUGUUGUUUGAAACAAACCCUAGCAUCUAAUAGCUAAGCACUGUUUACUGAUACUACCCUUUAACAGUAAGUAAGUGCAACACCGCUCUAUGCGCUCUGUAAGUAAGUUACUCAUCUACUGCACUUUGUUUCGGAGUACUUACACCCAAAAAAGUGUAGAUGGCUAGCUUUGUGUUGAGUUACAGGAUCGUGCUUAAUGUAUCUGAAGUGAAAUAAAGUACUGUUGCAAACAUCA